CUCGAGUUCAGUUGUUGACAGCACGCGGUAGAUAUCGUACGUAUAGACGCAAAUGUGACCGGCCGACACGGGGGAGAUAGUUGCGUCGUGAAAGACAAUAAAAUAAAUUAAAAAGAAAAAUAAAUAAACAAUAAAAUGGGUGCCUGUGUGAGGAUUAUUGUCCUGUUUCUUAUGGUUUCUGCAGCGGUCGCCGUACCUGCGGGAAACUCGAAAUGGAUUCCAAAGAUCGAUGAUGAGCAAGGAGAUCUGGCUGCGGAAUCGUCAGAAAUCAUACCAGAAGCAGUAGUCCCACCGCCAAAUCUACAAGUACGACAAGCCCCAGAUUCCGUCGCAGCCGCCGAUCAAACAGACCACUCUAUAGAAGUAGUCGGUGACUCACAGAACUUCUUCCCGACGUUCGCCAACUUCUUCGAACCAAGACAGCAGCAAAACAACUUCAGAUUGGGCUUUAGCAGCCAAGAAGCAGCAUAUAGCCAACGACCAAAUUCUUACAGAUCGUUGUUAAACUUUCCCCUAUUUAAUGGUUACAAGGGAUUAGAAGGAUUCGGAAAACAAAACACCCCAGCGGCGUCUGAGCAAUUAGUAGAUGCAAGCACGAGUGUUCUUGGCUCUGGAAACUUCGGCAUCAUAAAAGGCGGUACAUUCUUUGCGCAAAACGACGAGGAAUCAGCAGAAUUCGGCGAUGGCUACAAUAACUAUUACAACAAUGGACAUGGAAGACCGUCACUUAAUGUUGGAUACAUAGCGAAUCCUAGACCAAACUACAACCAAGAUCAGUUUGCUAAUUUCAGAGAUUUCGCUGAUAUUAAUGCUCCAGCUAACCAAGCGUAUUCACACUAUGUGGUAGUGUAUGCUAACAAAAACGCCACAUUAGACGAAGUCAGUGAAGAAACCAGAAAUGUACUGUCGAAACCUAAAAACAUUAUAGAAACGUUAGAACAACUCGAAACACCGAGCCCGCCUAAAAAGAAAUCAAAAGCUAAAUCAAAGUUAGAAGCGACGAAACAAAAAAUGCUACGCAAGAAAGAGCAGUGGAAGAAAAGCAAUUCUAAGUAUCCUAGCCAAAAACAUGAUCCAGAAGAACCAUUAUUAGCUUUAAGUUAAGCCUAGUGUUUGUAAAAUAAGUAUUGUAUGUGAAAAGACUUGCGUUGUAUACGUGUUAGUGAUAAGAAAUAGUAUGCAAUUAUUUUGUCACUUCAAAGAUGUGAUAAAAGGCUCACUGUCUAAAUUAAUAUAAGCCAAGUGUGACUCGUGCUGUGAGGAAUUUAAAAUUAUGCUCGGAGAAUGACUGCUAUUGUGUGAAAACUGGAAAAUAAAUUAAUAUUAUAUGUUAA